AUGCCGCAUUCCCGCCUCAACUCCUCCCGAGCCGAAGUCGGAGACUCGAUAGGCAUGUCGGCCAUAUUCAUUCUCAGAGGUGACCAGGAGGGGCACUAUCUAUACGUUUCGGACUCCAUGGCGGAUAUCUUGGGAUGGAACCCAGCGGAGCUGUUGGGAACGACCUGCUAUAAAGUAUUCCACCCAGAGGAGAUACCUGUUCUUCUAGAGGUGCACCGGCGAGCCUUGACAUUUGAAGAAACGGCUUGUGUAGCGUAUAUGCGCGUCUUGCACAAGAAUGGAAAUUACAUCAACUGCGCGGUAUCAUACUCUACAGUAUACGACAAGACUGUUGGCACCAUCACGCGCGCCGAAAAUGGGCCUUUGACCAUCAAACAAGCCCUUACAGCAAGAGAGGUGUUUGAGAUCCACCCCACGGAGGAUGGCAAGGGUACUUUCCGAACCUGGCCUCGCUCCCGCCCCUCCUCCUCCCGCUCUCCUUCACCCUCAUCCUACCAGCUUCCCCCCAUCGACCUCUCCCAGCCCUGGCAAAAACUGCCAGAUCCGCAGCCUCGGACCGCGUUCCUCAUUGACCGGUUUACCGACACGUCCAGGGUCAUGUUUGUGACGAACGAUAUCAUCCUACAUACCAACAGGUUGAAGGACCAGUCCUUCUACUCUAUCGUGAAGCCGUCGGAUAGACCGCUCGUCAGGGAAUAUAUCGACAAGGCGAAAUCAUGGAGUCCGGUAGUGCACGAUGCGAGGAGGUCUGGGGGACAUGGUUAUGCCGAGUUUCACGUCCUGAGAAUACCAGACCUGCCGCCCCAAGGGGAAGUCUACCCACAAGGCACAGACGAGUCGGAGCGGCAUAUGCCGGGCCAAGGGUUCAUCCUGGUAGAAGGCAUCUUCUGGGCAGGAUCAGACGGCGUGAUCUGUAUCAUUGAGCGGAUAGACAAGACAAAGCAGGACAACAGGGGAGAUUAUUGGAAAUGA